UGUAAGGACGCUUCCUGCCAAAUAGUGCUCCCUAACAACAGACAAAGCUUGACACUGUGGAUUCAGCUGAAGACGCUUAAAUAAAAGCGUUUCCCCAUUCAAUCCUUCAAUGGGUCCGGACAGGCUUUCCAGGUACAGAGAGUAGGCUGAGCGUGCAGACAUGUCUGGUCGCUCUGCUGCAGAGAUGGAUGACUCGCAGGAGCUGCCUGAGCUGCCGGCAAAGAAAGCCAAGCUUGGGAUAGAUGGAGGACUGGAGAAAGAGCCAAGUAAUCUGGGUGACGAUGGGAGUCCAGCUGCUGUUUUAGGUCAAUCAGAGCAGGAAAACUCUUAUUCUGCUCUGUCCACUGCUCCACUUAAUCCAGGUGAUCAGGAGCAGUCAGACAUAGACAGAGGGGCAGCAUCUCAAGCAUGUGAUGACUCAAUGAACUCGUAUGCCCAUUCUGCCACAGACACAACAGCCACAUCUGAAUACACCCAACAGGUUUAUCAAGGAAGCAACCCAGCAGUGACAUCAUACACCAGCCAGGUGGCCUUUCCUCCUCUGGCCCAGUCCACUGUGUACUCCGCCUUCCCCCAGACAGGCCAGACCUAUGGCCUCCCACCCUUUGGUGCUAUGUGGCCAGGCAUAAAAACAGAGACAGGGCUGCCUGAGGUACCCUCUGGUGGCCAGCCUGGGUUUCUCAGCUUCAGCACCACAUAUACCUCAACCCAGCCAGGCCAGCUGCACUACUCAUACCCCAGCCAAGGCUCAAGUUUCACAACAUCUAGUGUGUACUCCAACAUCCCUUCAGCUACAGCCACCACUACAGCCUCCACCACAGUAGCCCACCAGGAAUUUAAUAGCUACAACUCUCUGGGCCAGAGUCAGUUCUCUCAGUACUACGCUCUGCCUCCUAGCUAUAUGCCUGCUGGUCUGCCCAGCAGCGAUGAACAGGGUGCCGGUGUGGGUGUGGCCGGAUAUUCAGCUGUGAAGUCAGAGGAGGCUGCCUCAGCUGGACUUCCUCCCAGAGAUGCAUCCCCACCAGAGAACCUCCCAGCAGGUGCAGCUCUUCCCACCAGUGUAGCUCUCCCUGCUGGAGCCAGAGAGCAGGACGAGGUUGGACACAGGAACUCUGUUGGUAAAGCCAAAGGGAAGGGCAAGAAGUCUGAUAACUCCCCGCCUGCUGACAGUGACCUGGAGCGCAUUUUUCUGUGGGAUCUGGAUGAGACCAUUAUCAUAUUCCACUCACUGCUCACUGGUUCCUACGCCCAGAAGUUUGGCAAGGACCCAGCGACCGUGCUGAAUUUGGGCUUACAGAUGGAGGAGCUGAUCUUUGAGCUGGCAGACACCCACCUUUUCUUCAAUGACCUGGAGGAAUGUGAUCAAGUCCAUGUUGAGGACGUGGCCUCCGAUGACAAUGGGCAGGACCUGAGUAACUACAACUUCUUGGCAGAUGGCUUUAAUGGCCUCAAUGUUGGGGGGGCAUCAGGAGCCACCACAGGAGUCCAGGGAGGGGUGGAGUGGAUGCGCAAACUGGCCUUUCGCUACCGCCGGCUAAAAGAGAUCUACAAUAGCUACAAAGGAAAUGUUGGAAGCCUGUUGAGCCCUAUGAAGAGGGAGCUGCUUGUACGGCUUCAGUCUGAGAUCGAGAACGUUACAGACGCCUGGCUCAGCACAGCACUCAAGUCUCUGCUCCUUAUCCAGUCCAGGGGGAAGUGUAUGAACUUGUUGGUCACCACCACUCAGCUUGUUCCAGCUCUGGCCAAAGUGCUGCUCUACGGCCUGGGAGACGUCUUCCCCAUUGAGAACAUCUACAGCGCAACCAAAAUAGGAAAAGAGAGUUGCUUCGAGAGGAUCAUAUCUCGCUUUGGGAAGAAAGUGACUUACGUUGUGAUCGGUGACGGUCGAGAUGAGGAGUUUGCAGCAAAACAGCACAAUAUGCCUUUCUGGCGGAUCUCCACUCACGGCGACCUCGUGUCCCUGCACCAAGCGCUGGAACUGGACUUCUUGUAAAGGAGAGGCGGCGUUGAAUGUCGCACAAUAAAGGGAAAACGUAGCCGCCGUCCUGUUGGCUCGUGGAGUGACAUUGCGGAGAAAAUCCUCCCCAACGAUAAACAUUUGCAUAUUAGAAACGCCUAUCUGCUCUCACCGACAACUAUUGACUCACCGCGUGAUGUGUGAUGGUAAAUGUACUGAGGCGGACUUUGGGUCGGAGCUGACCAUGAGAAACAGACUGGAUGCAGCAGUCGUCUGAAUUAAGUUUCCUCACGUCCAGCACUCCUUCCUCUACGGCAGCUAACCUCACCACGGCUGAAACUGGCACUGAUUUGGACACAGAAGGGAAGACAUACAGUACAUUUCUUUUCCUCCUCCUUGGUCUUUGGCCUUUAUCUCAUUUUCUUUUGAAGUAUCAAAAUCUCCUGCGGCGAACACUAUCCCUCUAUUUUUAUAUUUCUUUCCAGAUAUAAACAACCAAAGGGCCGUUGUUCUUUAUUGGCAUUCUCUUUUGGGGUUCUUGUUUUAUUUAGACUCUGUAUAAUUGAAAGAAUAAUAUCAAAGCAGAUAUGUUUUAAAAUGUUAAAAACUCUUUCUGGCUUGUUUUGCGCUCUUUCAAAGAUUUGUUACUCACAGUCAAGUACCAAAUAAUCCGGUUUUAAUACAAGGUACUGGAUGGGAUUUAAAAAGGAAAGAAAAAAAAAGAAGGUAACUUGAUCGUGACCUCCCCUCCUGACCACACCACGCCAUCAGUCAGCUGCCCUGACCGCUAGACUGUGUUUCAGCAGCCAGUGUGUGGUGCCUUUUACAUACAGUAUGCGUGGUUAGUAAGCAUGUGCUGAGAACAAACAGGCCUCUGUCAAACAUGUGCUACCGCAUAAACCUGAACCGGCCGUCAUUUACUGCACUGUGACACGGAAGGCAGUAAGCGGGGCCGGGUGCACUAAACAUAAACUGUUUCAGCGAUGACUGGGGAGUUUGCCCGGAGAGUUGCAUUUCACUUUGGCUUUUCAUGCCCCAGUAGUCGUAGUAUUACUUGUAACGCAGUGCAGAGGUUCUUGAGCAUAACAUAACAGUCCAGUGAAAACCUUAGCUGGGUCCCAAACCCAUGUGCUACGUACUAAUCGUCAUAGUCUACCGUUUUGGUAGUUAGUAUACAAAAAAAAAAAAAAGAAACAUAAACUGCUUUAUACUGGCAUCAUUCUAGAGCUGUUUCAAAGCCAUCCAUAAUUUAUUUUGACUGCGAGCAGCGCCUCCAUUUCUUUUGUGCAUUGUACAUUGUUGGAGACCAGUAUCCAUCAACAGCACUCUCAAAAAUCCAUUCGUGGUAUUUAGUAUGCACACUGUGGUUUGACUAUACUUCAUUUUGUCACUUUUCCUGUAUGAACAUCAUAUAUCAGCAUAUUAAAAACCUGCUUAGAAUGAAUAUGUAGUAUGGAUUUGGGACACGCUGCUCAUAUCUCCAAAUUAGUUUUCCAUGAAUUGGUUGAGAAAACCCUACUCCUCCUCCUCCUUAAGCCACAAACGAUUUUAAAAAGCCUGAAAAAUGCUUUGACACAAAGCUGAAAACGAUCUCAGCUCAGACGUUUUGGAGAUGCAUGUUUUUCACAGGACAACAACAGUGAUCAGUAAUAUUUCUAUGUUGACACCGCCUGUCCUUUGGACUCCUCAGAGCACAGUCCUAAGUGUCCUUGAAAUCCCUUGAGGAGUAAACUUCCAUCAAACAAAGGUUUGAAAAGUGUUCAGAUGAAAGUGGUACAGUAUGUAUUGUGUUUAAAACAAUGGGUUUUGUCGGAGAUCGGUUGGCAUUUACAUUGUUUCAUGGUGUGAAUAAGGAUAACGUGACCCUGAUCCAUGUUGUCUGAAUGUUUAGUGUUUUAAAGUCAAAGCAGGAAAAUGUGAGCACCGAUGGACGGAUUACUGAACUUGCCUACAGGGCACAGAGUGGUAACGCGUCUUGUUGGAAAGUAGGCUUGUCCUGAUCAUGUUGUUUUUUUUUUUUUUUUAAUAGAACUAAAUCAAUAUGUUAGUUAGCUAGUUGUAGAAUCAUAUUUCAUUACUCUAUUAUGUGGCUACAAAAUCAAAAAUGUUUUGGUAAUGCAAUUGAGUGUCUGAACGGUCAUUUACCAGAAAAGGAAGUUGCAUACUUUUUGUUUCCAAAGAUGUUACUCAACACUCCUCUCAGUUGCUUCUUGCUCAGUUGUGAGUUGAAUUUUCAUUAUUUUCAUAAUUCAAUUGAUGAUUUUUUUUUUCCAGAGCAG